AUGUCUCAGGAUGUUGAGGUCGACUCGCUCGGUGAUGAAUGGAAGGGCUACAUCCUUCGCAUUGGUGGUGGCAACGACAAGCAGGGUUUCCCCAUGAAGCAGGGUGUCCUCCUGCCCUCGCGUGUGCGCUUGCUUCUCGGUGAGGGUGACUCUUGCUACCGUCCUCGCCGCGACGGUCAGCGCCGCCGGAAGAGUGUCCGUGGCUGCAUUGUUGGCCCUGAUAUUCAGGCCCUGCACUGCAUUGUGGUCAAGCAGGGUGAACAGGAGAUUCCUGGUCUGACGGAUGCGGAGAGCGCUGUCCCUAAGCGUCUCGGUCCUAAGCGUGCUAACCACAUUCGCAAGUUCUUCAACCUCACAAAGGACGAUGACGUGCGUCAGUACGUUAUCCGCCGCACGGUGCAGCCUAAGAAGGAGGGUGCUAAGCCCUACACGAAGGCCCCUAAGAUUCAGCGUCUCAUCACGCCCCAGCGCCUCCAGCGCAAGCGUGACCACCGUCGCAUGAAGAAGCAGUUCAUCAGCAAGAAGGAGGCUGAGCGUGCUGCUUAUGAGGCUCUCGUGGCUCAGCGUCUCGCUGAGAAGAAGCAGCGCCUUGCCUCUCACAAGGCUUAA